GACUCCUGGAGAGAAUGACACCGCAUAUCAAGAUGCCUCUGUGCAUCAGCUGCAGGAGGAGCCCUUUAACUCUGUGUGUGCGCGCGUGUGUGUGUGUCUUUGGCCCCUGAUUUGUGGGUAUGGAUCGGUCUACCUCACACCCGCACUGCACAUUGCUUGUGGAAGGCAACCAGCUCCGCCUUUGGUUCUCUGCUUCCUGCUGCUUCAGGGCCACGUGAAGUUUGCAAAGGAGCGGAGCCGAGGGGGCGGCAGCCCCGAGGUGCCCCCGGUGCAGGCGGCGCCCACCUAGUGGGAAAGAGGCGGGGCCAGGAUUGCCGAGCCGGGAAGAUUCUCCACCCCAACCGCUUCUCCAUCACUGUCUGUGGAGACUGAGGACAUUCAUCGGGGCCUUGACAGACAAUCUUCCUCCGUUCCCGUCCCCGUCCCCCCGCCCAAGUUUAAAAAAAUAUUCUUGGAAUUAGCGUGAAAUCCUAGGGGAGGGAGAGGCUAGGGACAGGGGGAGGGGAGAGAGAGAGCAAGAGAAUGCAAUGUUCGCUGUUCACCUCUCCGGCAGCAAGAGGCAGUGCUGAGCUUGGGCAGAGACAGCUAGCGCUGCUGGUAGGGAGGCUGCGUUUUAAUUGUGCUCUCAUUCACUCACACUGAGAGGGUGCUACCGGGUACGUGUGUGUGCGCCUGUGUACUAGCCGUGGAUACUGCCUCUCUGGAGGUGCAGCGGAGCAUUAGGGAAAGGGAACGCAGCGGGGGAGAGGCAGACAGAAAAGAACGGACUUUCAGAACGCGAGAAAGAGAGGAGGAAAUCUCUGCACUUUGGGGGUCUGUCUUUGGGCCAUUUCCUGGUCUCACAGAAAGAGGCAGUGCUGAGUUAGAGGAAAGCAGAAAUAGACUUUACAGGGAAAUAUAGGGAGUGUGUCUGGGUGUGUGUGUGUGCGGUGGAGAGGGAAGAGAGAGGGAGAGAGCGCAGCAUUAGGCUUUUUUCCAGAAGGGCCGCCCCCCCCCCCCCAUCUUCAUUGUAUGCUAUUUAUAGUCCUACUGCAGAUUUUUUUUCUUCCUUAAAAACAUCCCUCUUCGUGGAUCUUCCUUGCAUCUCUUUUUUCAUUUGGGGGGGUUGGGUGGGGGGUGGGUGAGGGAAAAACCUGCUUUGGAUCGGAAAGCACCGAGAGACCAUCUUAGCAGCAGGGAAGAGGAGCCGUUGCAAGGAAUCUAUAAAUACCUAUAAAUCAUUAUUGCUUUUUAUAUAAAUACAUAACUGUAUCUGACUGACAUCCAACCCAGCGGGCAGACAUGGGGUGUUUGGGCAACAGCAAGACGGAAGAUCAGCGCCUUGACGAAAAAGAGCGACGAGAGGCCAACAAAAAAAUAGAGAAGCAGUUGCAGAAAGAGAGACUUGCUUAUAAAGCGACUCACCGUUUGCUUUUACUGGGAGCUGGUGAGUCAGGAAAAAGCACUAUUGUCAAACAAAUGAGGAUCCUGCACGUCAAUGGAUUUAAUCCAGAAGAAAAGAAACAGAAAAUACUGGACAUCCGGAAAAAUGUUAAAGAUGCUAUUGUGACAAUAGUUUCAGCAAUGAGCACUUUAAUACCCCCAGUUCCAUUGGCCAACCCAGACAACCAAUUUCGAUCAGACUAUAUCAAGAGCAUAGCCCCUCUUUCUGACUUUGACUAUUCACAGGAAUUCUUUGAUCAUGUAAAAAAGCUUUGGGAUGACGAAGGAGUAAAGGCAUGCUUCGAGAGGUCAAAUGAAUACCAACUGAUUGACUGUGCACAGUACUUUCUAGAAAGAAUUGACAGUGUCAGUUUGAUUGACUACACACCCACAGAUCAGGAUCUACUCAGAUGCAGAGUUUUGACAUCAGGAAUUUUUGAAACACGAUUUCAAGUAGAUAAAGUAAAUUUUCAUAUGUUUGAUGUGGGUGGUCAGAGGGAUGAAAGAAGAAAAUGGAUCCAAUGCUUUAAUGAUGUCACUGCUAUAAUCUAUGUCGCAGCCUGCAGUAGCUACAACAUGGUGAUCAGGGAAGACAAUAAUACUAACAGGCUACGAGAAUCUCUGGAUCUUUUCAAAAGCAUCUGGAAUAAUAGGUGGUUGCGAACCAUUUCUAUCAUUUUGUUCUUGAACAAACAGGAUAUGUUGGCAGAAAAAGUCUUAGCAGGGAAAUCCAAAAUUGAAGAUUAUUUCCCUGAGUAUGCGAACUACACUGUUCCUGAAGAUGCAACACCUGAUGCAGGUGAAGAUCCCAAAGUUACAAGGGCCAAGUUCUUUAUCCGGGAUGAAUUUUUAAGGAUAAGUACGGCAACUGGCGACGGCAAGCAUUACUGCUAUCCUCACUUUACAUGUGCAGUGGACACUGAGAACAUCCGCAGAGUGUUCAAUGACUGUCGAGAUAUCAUUCAGAGGAUGCACCUUAAACAGUAUGAACUCUUGUGAUUAGGGUCACCAUGGAGCCUGUGGUUUUCAAUUAUCUGCUCCUUUCUCUUUCGCGCGCACUCGCUCUCUCUCUCUCAUUUCUCUGUCCUACCCAACACAGGAUGGAAGAAUAUACUCUAGAAUACUUGUUAGCCUCUGGGUCUGUUUACUUUGGUUAUUUAGCCAUCCCCACCUGUAUCCCGGUGUUCAUUUCAAGUAAGUUUUUCUUUUAUUCUUCCUGCUUCUUUGGGACUAGGUCCAGGCUUUCCUUAGGUAUGCCAUUCCUUUAUCAUUCCAUUAAGCCUUUGGCUACCUCCAUUUUCCCCUAGGAUUUUUUUAAAAUUUUCAAACAUAACCUACUAAAUUUUUCCAGUAAGUUAUGUUAACAUAAACUGGUGACUCUUAUCAGAUGGCACUACAGUCAAACCUCUGCAUGUUAGGGGUCCUUUUUUUUUUAAACAUGACACUGAAGAGUACUUGAUAGGUGAAAAGAAUAAUGCACUUUGUAUCAGGUUAUUAAAUACUGUUGAGAAAGCAUACACACAAUGUAGCAGCACUAUGAUAUUUAUUAUUCUAUCACAGUUUUUAGCAUUGAGUUGCAGGUUAACUAAUCAAGUGGCCUCCUCUUUUAAGCCGUUUACCGGCAUAGGUCGUAGAGUAGAGCCUGAGAGGCAUGGGGAAGAUAAGCAGUUCUUCUGGGGUUUCAUAGCAGAGUGUCCCUACACACCUCAGACUUUUGAAUUAAAAGCUACUUCUAGCCUACUGCAUCAAGGCAGAAAAUCUACUCCUCCCUACCCUAAACUGUUCUUUGUUUUGUCCACAAAUGAUCCUUUUAGCUUAGGUCAUUCUUGGACACAGUCCUCCCUCUCUAUUUUUUUUUGUUUGUUUGUUUUACUGCUGGUUUAUUAUAUUGUACAGACUGUAAAAUGUAAUAUUAUUUUGUACAACUUUAUUGAAGAAAAUACUUGUAGAAGAUCUUUGUGCCUUGAUUAUGGCUGUACCUGUAAACUGAGCUAAGAUGUAAGUAUGUUUUUGAUUGCGCUGUACAGCUUGAUGUCAGCCUUACCUGCAGCCAUGACUGGAGGUAGGAACUUUAUCUGUAGAAUUUAGGGGUUUUCUGGUUUAUAUUGAAAAAAAAAAAAGUGGAAUACACUUUUAGUAAAAAAAAAAAAAAUUAUAUAAAUUAUGCAAAUUAACCACUUACACCUUUACAAAUAAGGUCUUACCCAGUAAGAAGCUGUUGCAGCAACAUGCCUUUCCUUUUGGGAGACUCAGCUUUGAAAUAUCGAAUUUAUUCGGGUCCAAAUUGCAACCAGGUGUUGUCUCUCAAUGGGAAGAACCAAGAAUUUUUUUUCUCUCUAGACUAUAUUUCAUAAUUCUUUGGUUAUUGAUACUUUUACAAUCACAUGGUGUGAUUGUGAAAAUGUAGAGCACCCUCAGAUAAAGCUCUUAAAUCUUUAUAACAACAGCAGAUUUUAUUGUGCAAGUAAAUAUAAGAUAAGAAUAUUUUAAAAGGUGUAAACCCAUGUCUGACCUAAGAAAAUUGCAAGAUGACAUUUUUAUUUCUCUUUUAAUAAAGAGACACAUUAGAAAAUUGUUUUAUUUUAAAUAUUGUAGGAUCAAAAUGUGUGAAUAUUUCUCAAACUUGAAUAAUUUAUGCAAAUGACAUUCUCAAAACAAGUUAUGGUACAGUACAUUAUAUAAAAAGCAAGAAUUGUUGUAGCAAUAAGGCAUGUCCUUUUUAGUAACUAUAACACUGCUUUAUAUUUUAUACACGGGUGUUUUGUCUGUGUGAGUAUAUACUUUUCCUGUGUCUGAAAUAACCUGUACAAAUGUCAAAAAAUUACAGUUGCAAUAACAGAAACCUAGACAAGUGUUAGCCUACAUUACUUCAUCAAUUUUCUUUACCAAUACAUGGACUGUCUCCAUCCUUUGUUUAGAAUUCUAAGACUCACCCCAUAAAUCAGGUUUUUACAAUAUAUUUUUUAAAAACAAUGCUCUCUUUUGCCCUAAAAUUAAAUGUCAGUAAAUGCUCCUAUUUCUUCAUUUAAAACUAAUUUUAUGACAUUAUAAAAGCCUCUCUUGCAUCCUCCUGAGUUUUCUCCCAUCAGCAUAUUAACCCUACUGUUUCAUAAGAUCAUUCAGUCAGAUUGAUAGAUGAAAAAAAAAGCAAAACUUAUGUUCAAAUCCCCUCACACUUCCAAGAAAGAGAGAGGACAUGCAGCUAUAUUCUAGAUGUCUCUCAAGAAACCAAAAAUAAGGAAAAACUGGAGAGGGGAGAAAUUUCUCAAAUAAAAUAAACAUCUAUACUGUGAGAUUAUAUAUAUAUACACACACACACAAUAUUUGCCUCUCUUACAGAUUCCUUGGAAACUGUAGUGCAAGAUUGUUGCCUAUUUAUAAUGAUAUUAUAAAGAAAAAUUCAGGCUGCUUUAAAAAAAAAUUAUUUCUGGCUCAAAAUGAAAAACACGUCAAUUUACCUUUUGAUAGGCCAUUUUUUCCCAAUUUUCAGAAGUGUCUUUUUUGACCAUUAGAUGGGAUUAAAAAUUGUCUCAUAGAGAACUAAUUAUACCUAUUUAAACAAUAAUAAUAAUAAUAAUAAUAAUAAUCCUGUUUCAGCAGAAAAAAAAGUAGAAUUCUACCAAACAAUAUUUUCCUGCUCUUGUAGUAUCUAAAGGAGAAUCUGCUUCCCCUUCUAGAUGUACAGCUUUAUAAAAUUUAGGAAUCUGAGGGAAAUGUCAUACUAGAACAGAAGCCACACCCACUGAUAUGUACAUACACUACUGCCAGUGUGUUUCUGGGUUGUAAGUUCCAUCCGUGGAAGGUAGGAGUUUGUAGUGCAUGCAAGUUAUGAGGCUAAUAGGACUUACAUGUUGUACAGAUACAAUCUGAGUAUACAUAUAUUUGAUAAAAAUUAUAUAGCAAGAAAACAGUUCAAUUUAUUGUAGGAUACUUGUUACUUUUUUUUUUUUUUUUACAGCAUGAAAACAUUUCAAUCAACUAUUUAUCCUGUAGUAAUUCAUAUCAAUUGUUUAGAAUUUCUAUGAUGUGCAUAAAAAUGGAUGGCCUGCAUCUGGACUCGUCCAGUUAGGUCAUUCUCUGACAUGAAUACAGCCUGAAGUUCAGUUGUUUUCCGCUUUGGUAUUUGUUACUAAACGCAGAAAUGUCCUGCUCUUCACAUUGCCUUAUGCUUUCUGAUUACGUAUCAACCGAAUGAAAUGAGAUGAAAAGAAAUGGUGGUGUUACAAAGGCUGACAGUGAGUUAAUAAUAACAAAGCCACCAAAAUACCUGCUGUGCAGUAGAUAGUCAGGACUGUAUGCUCAAGUGGAAGGAAACAUUUGGAGAGGGAAUAAUCUACUGAUGUUAUGCUGCCCUAAAAAACAAAAAGAAAUACAAAAACAAAACAAAUAAAAAAACAAGAAACAGAGUCAUGCUGUUGUUAGAACACAGAUAAUUUAGUCUCAAAUAGAACAACAAAGCUAGCAGACCACUUGGGUUAUUUCUUGACUGCUCCUCUCCUGGGCAAAGGAUAGGCUCAUCCCUAUAGCAGUGCACCAAAGGCAUUUCCCUGUCAAGAGGCAAAGCUUGCCAGAGGUGAUGUGUGCUGUCUUUUGUCUUGUACAAGAUACCCCUGGCACCAGCCAGGAAAGGGAAAUUAAGGGCAGAGGAGCACCCAAGUGGAUACUGAGAUGGGAAGCUAACUUUGUUAUUAAGACAACUUCCUAACAUGCUAGGCUUCAACUUAAAAAAAAAAAAAAAAAAAAAAAUUAAAGAGGGCACACCAGGAACUCAGAGAGGUAUAUGAAAAGACUUGGACUAGAGAGCUGAGACCAAAGAGCAUCACUGAGAGAGUGAGUAAGAAGGUUUUGUUUUUUCAUGCCACAAGACACUAAAAUAAAUCUGUUUACUUAGAAAUACAUGUUCUGGGGUAAUCAAGGAAUUUUCCUUGUAGGCAUUUUUGCUAAACAACAAACAUCUUUUUUUUUUUUUUAAGUUUGUGUACUUUGAACUUGAAAACAGGACAUUCCCCAUCUCACUAUUAAGUGCAAAUAUUAUAAAUGAUGUAUAUUGUGCAUUGGAACUGGCUGCUGG